GUGAAGUUAAUUGUUUUAUAAAUUAUUAAAAUCGUGAAAACAUUGGAAUUGCAUUCAUUUCACCUGCGAUAAAAGCUAUAAGUGUGGCAGCCGCGUAACCAAUAAUUUAACAAUUUAAAUUUACAAGCGAUCGCACCAAAUGAAUGUCGAUUCCUUCCAGCAGUCGCUAAAUCAAUCCCUGCAAGCCCUCACAUUAAAUUUAGAACAUUUUGUGGGCGUGGCAGUGCAAACAGUGGCAUUACUACAACGGGAAUUAGCAGAGACAACGAGAAAUUGGAGUAGUCCCAUUGAAUUUUCGCCACUACAGUUGACGCUUCUGAAAGUGCUGCUGUCGCUAUUGCUGGGUACUACAGGACUCAUUGCGUACUCUUGGCGUGUUUAUGGCAAAGUGAUUACAGAAAAAUUCGUACGACCAAGCACACUUAAGGAAAUCGAAGAGCUCAAGCUAUCCGUCGCUAAACUAAAGUUGCCUAAAGAACAUUCACCUCGGAUUUAGAGCAGCUGCUGACUUAGAAGUAACAGAAAUGUCUAAAAUCAAAAAAUUCUUUUCACGCAAAAAAGAGGAAGCCG